GCGGGCCACGUCUUCUUCCCCAGUCCACCGGUCACUCUUGCCGGUGUUCACCAUGCAAUUCUUUCCACACAAACAAAAAAGAGAACAACUCACUCACCUUCAUCACCUUUCCCUCAUAAUCUUACUUCGCUGCAAAAGGGAAACUGAAAUUUUGAGAACUGAAAAACACUCAUUCCCUGCAGCAAAUAAUUGAAACGAAAAAUGGGCACAAGGGCACUGCCCUUAAAUCCUGUGCAGAAUGGCCUGCACCACCCCCACAACAUUGGGUAUGCAAAAAUGUUGGCAAGCUUUAGUAGUGUUCAUAGCAUGAAAAGACCCAAGAAAUCUUUGGUCAUAGUUUCUGCAGGGAAGAAAGAGGAGAGGAGUGAUGAUGAAGAGCCAACUACAAAGAAGGAAACUAAUAAAUUGUUUAGUAAUUUGAUAGAAGCACUAGAUUUUUCGCAGGUUAGAUCAGAGAAAGAUGGAGAGCUUCUUGAAGAGGCUAAGGAGGCUACUCAAUCUGGUGGGAGGAUGUCCAAAGAACAGUAUGGAGCUCUAAGAAGGAAGAUUGGAGGCACAUACAAAGAUUUCUUCAAGUCCUAUGUUGAUGUGGAUGGGCAGUAUGUGGAAGAAGGGUGGAUUGACAAAACAUGUAAAAUAUGCAAGAAGGAUACUGAGGGAGAAGCAAGACAAGUGGACAAGUUGGGAAGAUAUGCCCAUGUGUCUUGUGUCCAGAACAAAGCCAAUUCAGGCAACUUCUUUACCAAACUGUUCUCUUGAACCACCAUGAUCAAGAACAUGAUGGGGUCAAAAAAGCAAUUGAUUUGGAACCCUUAUCUGAGCUCCGUGCAAAAGUAUAGGAUUGCUCCAGAAGGAAGUAGUAAUGAUUAAAACCGUUGAUGAUAGAUAGUGUAGAUGCAAAAGUAACAGCAGAUACAAAAACUACCUGCUGGCUGCUGCCAUGCUGGACUGCUGGUAAAGAAUGCUCAACACGAUUUCAUCAACUUUCAGACGAACACUUCUACGGUAUUACCAAUCAUCAAUAGGUUUUUAACACACAGCUUUGUGCAGUUAACUCUCCAUGCUUCUUGCACAAAAGAACUCUUGCAACUUCUGACUUUGUAAUAUCGAACGCGUUCUUCAUGGUGCUGUAAUAACAUAUAAAGAAAGAGAUUGUCAUUUACUAAUCAAAGUAGUUAAGAAUGCUGUGUGUGUGUGUGUUUAAGUAUAACGAAAGCAAAACUUGAGUACAAAAUCAC